GGCCAAACCCUACCCCCCCCCCCGACCCAUCGGUCAAGGCGCGGCACUCUUGGCUGUGCUUGGACAGGUGUCUCUGCCUGGAGGUUAAGGGUAGGGUCUGGCAUGGGAAUCUGCCAAGAUGGGCGGUGCGUCCAUCCUCAGUACAGCUAUGGGGGAAGGGAUGGGGAGACAUAAUGGCAUCUAGUGUGGAGGGCUGUAGCUUGAAUUUUUCCCGCGCGAGACCCCCAUCGCCAUUCCGGACGGGACCCUGCCCCUCCCCCUUCCUGGAGCGUGACCCCUCCUCUUCGCCCCGAGGCCUUUGGCGACUGGGUCCGUUGGGGCAGAACCAUGGAGGAAAAGCCUUUCAAAGCGUUGGCCAAGUCUUCGGGCCACCGUGGCUCAGGCAAGUCGAGCCCGCACGACAUCCGGAAUCUGUGGACCACGGCCACGCUGUCGCAGCCGAAGCUGAAUGUGCCGCUGCCUACUGUCCGUGAGGACUCGGAACUGGAGGGCAGCAGCGUAGGCGGCAAGACUCGCUGGUCUUACAACCAAAAGGCUGGCCACGACUCGGACGGUGGCUGGGAAGAAUCGGAUGACGGAGAGUACAAGGACAACUUCAAGCCAGAGGAGCUGGACGAGCACGCCUUGAUGGAGCUGGAGAUGCGCCGCGGCAGCUCCCUGGGAGGCCCUUUAGAGGAGGACGAUUCCAAGACCGACAGCGAAAAGCCUUCCUCAGUGUCAUCGCUCAAUAUCUCGAAGCACACACCCCAUCGAGCCUACUGGGUGGAGCAGCAAAGCAGGCUGCCCCUGCCCCUGACUGAACUCAUGGAGAAUGAAGCUCUGGAAAUCCUCACCAAAGCCCUCCGGAGCCGGCAACAUCUCUAAACUUGCCUUCCUCAUCCAUCCUCCACUCCAACACCCCCAUCCUACUCUGAAUUCCCCAUCUGUGGAGCACAGGUCUAUGACUUGACCAUUCGAAACAAACAAAACAGGCAGGUCCCAGUACCCUGGAGAUCCAAAGUUGCCCAAAGAACAAAGACCAGCUGCUGGGGAGGCCAUGCCCCUGC